UCCAACUUGUGAGGUCAGAGUAUAGGUUCUCGUUCGUUUUAAGCUCUCCAUAUGCCAAACUAGAAGAGCCAUAUCCCAUUUCACUUUCCUUAGCCAAAAUGCUCACAAGGCUCCACAAUCUCAAGCUCCAUUCAACUUCAAAAUCCCACAUCAAUGCCCUGCAUUACUUCUUAAACCCUCUAUGCACCACAACCGAGGUCCCCGAGUCACCGGACCUUCCAAGCUGGGUUAAGUUCUUCGACACCAACCACCCAAAACACGCAGCUUCCGACGACGACGACUUCGUCAUCCCUUCACUGGCCAAUUGGAUCGAAACCCACAACCUAAACCACCCCACCAAAGCUCCCAAGCCCUCAACUCCCGAUACCGACGACCUCGAAAGUAUCAGUAAAAUCUUGAAAAUCCGGUACCCAUCGCCGGAAAAUGCAGCUGAAACGUUGGAAAGGUACGAUUUUGAGGUGUCAAACGGUUUGGUGCAACGGGUUUUGAUGAGGUUUAGCAAUGAUUGGGUCCCGGCGUUGGGGUUUUUCAUUUGGGCAAAACGUCGAACAGGUUAUAGGCAUCUUCCGGAGGCCUAUAACUCCAUGGUUGAUAUCUUGGGAAAGUCCAAGAAUUUUGAACUUAUGUGGGAUUUUGUUGAGGAAAUGGAUCAAAUUGGAGAUGGGUAUGUGACAUUGGAGACAAUGACUAAGGUGUUUAGGAGACUUGCAAAGGCUGGUAAGCACCAAGAGGCAAUCGAGGCGUUUCGGGGCAUGGAGCGGUUCGGAUUGAGCAAAGAUGUUGCGGCAUUGAACACUCUGAUGAAUGCAUUGGUGAAGGAGAGAAGCGUUGAGCUUGCCCAAGAAGCUUUCUUGGAGUUUAAGGAAUCUAUACCCGUGAAUUCUCACAGCUUUAAUGUUUUGAUACAUGGGUGGUGUAAGAAUAGGAAGUUGGAUAUUGCUAGGAACACAAUGGAGGAGAUGGAGAGACACGGGUUUCGCCCGGAUGUUUUCUCUUAUACUUGUUUGGUUGAGGCCUAUUGUAGUGACAAGGAUUUUCGCAAAGUUGAUGAAGUUCUUAGUGAAAUGAAGGGCAAGGCUUGCGAGCCGAAUGCUGUGACAUACACUAUUGUAAUGCAUGCUUUGGGGAAGGCGAGGGAGAUAACCAAGGCUUUGGAGGUUUAUGAGUUGAUGAAAGGGAAUGGUGUUGUUCCUGAUGUUUCGUUUUACAGCUCUUUGAUUUACAUUCUUGGUAAAGCCGGCAGGCUUAAGGAUGUUCAAGAAGUGGUUGAGGAUAUGACAAAGCAGGGUGUAAAACCGGACGCUAUGACCUAUAACACCCUGAUUUCUUGUGCUUGCGAGCAUUCGCAGGAAGAGGCUGCUCUCAAGUUGCUGAAGAAAAUGGAGGAGGAUUCGUGCAAGCCGGAUGUUCAGACAUAUGCCCCGUUGUUGAAGAUGUGCUGCAGAAAGAAGAGGAUGAAGGUGCUCUACUUUUUGUUAGACCACAUGUUUAAGAAUGACAUUAGUAUCGACGCUGGAACCUACGCGCUCUUGGUACGUGGGAUGUGCAAGAAUGGUAAACUCGAAAAUGCUUGCUUCUUCUUUGAGGAGAUGGCAUUGAAGGGUUUUGUUCCCAAAGACAGUACAUACAAGAUGUUGCUAGAGGAAUUGCAGGGGAAGAAUAUGGAGAAAGAGAAGAAACAUAUUGAGAAGUUGAUGUUGCAGGCAAAAGAGCAAGGAAACGUAUAAUCAACCCUUCCUGAACAUCUG